UCCAGGCGCGUGCAUGAGAAGAAGAGGCUGCGUUUUCAAGGAUAAAGAUUUCCAAUGGCUAGCACAGAUGAUACGGGGGAUACAGAGAGAACUAAAGAAAUAGAAGGAGACAGUGACCAAGAUGAGGAUGGUGGCGAGAAAAGAAAAACAGAAUGGACUGCUGAGUCCUUACAGCGCCUUCUAGCGGACGCCAUCACUUAUAAAUCUUCGUUGACAGAUAUCAAUGUGAUUUUACGCUGUGGUGCAAAUGUGAACGGUAAAGUGAAGAAGGGACUCCGACCUCUACAUUAUGCAGCCUUCGUUGAUUAUGUAGACUGUGUUGAAUUUCUUAUUGAGAAGGGUGCAGUUGUGAAUGUGACAGACGAUAUCGGAUACACGCCUCUACAUCUGUGUGCACGUAGAGGAUUCGUCAAUACUUUAAGAGUUCUCAUCGAUCAUGGAGCUGUCCUCAAUUUCUGUGAUUCUGACGAAGAAUGUGAGGUCGAUGACUCGUCCAAGAAUCUUGGCUACUUCACUCUCGAGCCACUUAAUAUGGCUAUUGAAAGUAGUCAUGUGGAAUGCGUACGUCUGAUGCUCGAAAAAGGCGCGAAACCAAAUAACAAAUAUUUCAUGGGUUAUGAAGUGAAUUUGGUGUCUCUCGACAACUUGGAGUGCCUCGAACUUUUAUUAAAGUAUGGAGGUGACCCGAAUGCAUUCAGUCGGGUUGGUUUAACUCCUCUUAUGAAAGCAUGUACAGAAGGUAGAUACGAAGCUACGGAUUUACUUAUUAGAUAUGGAGCUGAUAUACAUAUUGCCAGUCCAGCUCGGUUCGAUCACAAAACCCCCAUUUAUUAUGCAGUUCAGGGAGGAAACAUAGCUGUGAUACAGUAUCUCCUGGAACAUGGUGCCAGUCUGUCAAAAAUAGAGGAUUUCAAAUACGCACCACUGCACAUGGCAGUGAUAUCUGACAGGAAGGAGGUAUGCGAACUGUUAUUGGAAUGGCGGGCGGAAGUUGACGUCAGAUCAGACGACAGUGGUACGCCUUUAAUGUUGGCGUGUGCCACUCCCGGCUUAAAGGAACGAAAAGCCAUCAUUGAGGUAUUGUUAAAACAUGGAGCAUGUGUCAAUGCUCAUUCUCCGUAUGUUAGUUAUACGGAUCCGUGCUUAUCUCCCCUUACAGAAUACAUCAAGAACAAUAGGUAUGAUAUAGAAUAUGACAUCAUCCAUUUGUUGAUUAAGUAUGGCGGACGAGUAAGUUUCCAGGGUGAUAUGACGGUGUUCAGACUAAAAGAUCCUUUCGGUAUUCUCAACCACGUUAUGAAUGUGGAAGCUGAAAAGGACAUUUUCAUGCUUCUGAUUGAAGCAGCAUCGGCGUACGACCUGUCGGAUAUAACAAGUGCGGACAUGUUACUUUCCUCCGACAAAAAACUACUGAAGAAGACGGCGAGAAAACCAAGAGAACUGAAGCAUCUAGUCCGUCUGCUUAUAAGAGAACAUUUUUCUUCUCACCUACCAGAAAAGGUUCAGAAACUUCCCCUGCCAAAGCUCAUCAAAUCCUAUUUGCUUUUUGACGUGUAAAUGUUCCUCAGCUUUUAACCAAUGAAACCGUUCGCCAAGUCAAACGUUUAGAAAGAAAACGAUGCCGUUUUCAAAUUGUAUAAAGUCGGAUUAGUCUCCUGAAAGUUUUCAAUAACUGCAAAUUUCGUCGUUUCUUAUCUCGAUGUGGCUCUGUUACGUGUGUACAACAUAAAUAUUUAACAAAACAAUUAUAAAUGUCGGCUUUUAAAAAAUUGGAUGAUCUUAUAUAACAAUAAGUUAGAAAUAUUUAUGUGUGACGUUUCGGUGACUUAACUGAUACCGGCUUCAUCAGAUGAGUUGCUAGUGUCCAACCUUACAGCUUUACCUUUAUCAAAUUUAUAACGACAGUGUCUAAUUUUAGUGUACAUAGGCCAAUGAUACAGUAUCAGACAUUAUGUUCUUCAGUAACCAUCUCACACACUGUAUUCGUUAGUGCUAAUAUGUUUCACACUGGUCAUUUGUCUGAUGAAUCUAUAGUCGCGGAAACAUCGCACCUGGAUUUCUGCUGGACGUGACGUCAGAACUUAAUUGAUUUGUUUCCAAUAUUAAAAUUUAUUUUAUCUUACAACAAUA